AUGGAAUGGGGCGACGUGGAGGCGGCCGAGCGUCUAGGAGUGCCGCGCGACGCGCUCAAGCAGCUCGUCGAGGUCUUCCACCAAUGCUCCGGCCUUCGCAGCGACGCGCGCGGCGACGCGGACGGCCCCGGCGACGCCUCGACGUUCGCGCGGUGGGUGCCGGGCGGCGUAGAGCGCUACAAAAAGGCCCUCAUGGACCUCCUGCCUGACGCGGCUACCAGAAAGUGGUUCCGCGACCGUUUUGGCACCUGGGGCGACGGCCUGCGCGGCCUCUACGUUCCAGACGGACCGAUCCCGCACAGCAACGACGACAUCACCGAGCUCCAGUCGUGCCACCCGCACCCGCACGUCGCGCAGCUGAGGUUCGUGCCGCCCCCCGACGGGCCGGCCGCGGCGGGCGCGGCGAACCGGCAGCGGCCGCGCGGCAGGGGCGCCCCGGCGCGGCCCGCCGCGCCCCGCGCGAGCAAGACGUCGGCGCAGGCCGCGUGGCAGGAGCAGCGCACGCGGCUGUACAGGCGGGUGUCCAAGUCGAUCAAGGAGCGCGCGCAGGCAGCGAUGGCGGGGAGCAACGAGGCGUCGUUCCGGGAGCUCGCACAGUGGCUCGCGGACCAGCGCGUCGCCGACGCCGCCGCCGCCCGCCGCAGCCCGACCGUGCCCUGCGCAGUCGUCCUGACCGGCGCCGUCGGGUCCGCCGACCACACCGAGUGCUUCCGCGCGCUCGUCCAGAGCCUCAGGGCCCGCCCCGACGUCUGCGUCCCGCUGCACAUCGGGCCGCACGACCUCUCGCCCACCCGCACUGCCGCCGGCCUCCAACCCGCGGUGAGUGCCAUCUCGCUGCAACUCGCCACCGCCGCCGCCGCCGAGGCCGGCUCGAGCGCGCCCUUCGCGGACCACGAGCACGCAACGUUCACGUCGGUCGUCGCCGCCUGGCGGCGCCUCCGCGCUGCCCACGGCGCAGAGACCACCCCCCGCGGCGACCAGCGCCCGCCGUGCCUCGCGAUCGUCAUCGAGGACGUGGAGGGCGCGUCGCCGGGCCUGGUGUGCGACCUCGUCCUCGCGCUCGCGGACCACCGCGCGCAGCUGCCGUGCGCACUCGUCAUGUCGAUGUCCACGCAGGCGCGCGGGCUCGCAGAAGUGCUGUCAGCGCGCACGCUCUCGCUGCUGUCGCUCGCGCGGUUCCAGCUCAGCCCGCCGCUCGCGCGCGUCGAGGCGCUCCUGCGCGACGUCCUCCUCUCCGGCGACCCCCACACCGUGCACCUCGGCCACGCCGUCGCCGCGAAACUCAACUCGGUGUUCAUGGUCUCCGAAUUCGCGCCCGGGGCGCUUCUGAAGGCGCUCGACGCCGCGGUGUGGGACCACUUCCAGGGCAACGAUCUCGCGCGGCUGGCGCAGGUGCUCCUCGACGGCAGGGACGCGGCGCUCGCGGACAUCACGUCGUCGCCGUGCAGCAGCGUGUUGGCCGUGCACUGCGAGGGCAUGCUGGGCGAGGUGGGCGAGGAGCUGGACGACCGCGCGGCGUCCAAGGAGAGGGAGCGGGGCGUGCUCGGUGCGGCGGCGGAGGCGGUGGAGGAGGCGCACGCGGCCUUCCGGAUGUGGGCGCUGGCGCUGCGGUGGGCGGCGGACGCGGGGGCGGUCCUGGGGCUCGGCGAGAAGCACGGGCUGACGCUGCGGCAGCUGGUGCUGUCCGCGAGCCACAAGUCGUUCGCCGCGGCGCGACCGGCGCACCGCGCGGCGGGGGCGGACAGCGCGGCUGCGACUGCCGCCUUGGUCCUCGGGGGACUGCGGCGCGCACAGGAAGCCGGGGGCUCCGCGCUGGGUUCCCAGGGGUCGCAGGGGCCGUCGCAGGACUCGCAGGGCCCGGAGCACGUCGAGCGCAUCCUCGCCGCGUGGAGCGCGACGGCCGAGAGCGUCCUGGGCGCCGACGCGGCCGCGGACAACGCCUUCGUGGACUGCGCGCGCAGGCUGCUGGGGGAGGCACGCGGAGAGCCCCCGGUGCCCGCGGACGCCGUCACGGCGGCAGCGCUGACGCAGGCCGCGCCGUCGUCCGGCCGCGGCCCCGCGUCGCCCGUCCUGAAGUUCUUCAGUCGAGGACUAAGCCGCGGUUUGAAGAUGGUGCAGAGUGUCUCGCAGCUCGCGCACAAGAGCCUGACUGCGGGGUCCCCGCACGCGAAGGGCGCGUCCCCGCGGCCGGCGGACGCCGGCAGCCCCGCGAAGCCCGCGCUGUCGCUGCCGGAGAAGGUGGCGCGGCUGCUGCAGGUGCUGCUCGAGCACGUGUGCCGCGAGCCGCCGCACGCGCGCGGGGCCGCGGCGGCGCUGUGCGUGCGCGACACGCGCAUGCUGGACCAGAUCCGCACGCCGGACAUGCGCGCGCGGGUCUUCGCGGCGCUGCGCGGGGACGACGGCGGGGGGGGGGGUAUCGAGGACCUGACGACGGCGUACCGGCUGUUGGCGCAGCACCCGGCGGCGCGGACGACGGGCGUGAACACGGCGCGGUGGCUGCAGGAGUUCUGCGUCGCGCACGGCCUGCGCGUGGGGGGGAGUGCGGGGAAAGUCCCGGGGGGGAGGAAGGGGAAGAAACGGGGCGCGGGGGGGAUGUCCACGUCGGGGCUGACGCAGGAGGAGCUCGCGGCGUGCUUUUCGCGCGCCGAGCGGACGCUGCAGAUGCUCGGCGUCGUCCGGCCGGUGAAACGCCGCCACGUGGAGUUUUCGGUCGCGGCAGCACAGCCGUGGGACCUCAACCCCACGGACGAGUAA